UUUCUGUGAUUAUUUCUGAUAUGUAUCAUGGAACCAUCCAUAUGGAUAAGUAUCAUUUAUUAAAAAUAUGAGUUAACUAAAUAUUAAAAUAAUAAAAAGUUUACUAUUUUCAGCACUUGUUUGAAAUUCACGCUAUGAAAUUUUUGCACCUAAAGUCCCUAUGUUUCUUAAUUAGUUGCUGAGAAGUCCCCGUCGCGGUGUAUGUACACGCAGUAUAGUUACGAUAAGUGGACGGACGCUGUGCUUGCUUGAUUAGUUGUUGGUUUGCGAGGUAUCAAUGAGUGAGAACUAAUAAGAACAGCCAGUUUACGCGUGUGUUUACGAAGUGGAACACCGAUUCUGAUUUGAUUCGUUUGUUGACAAAUAAUCAUCAAAAUGCCUAUUUUGGAUAAGAGAAAAGGCGACGACAUUCUGUCGCUCGUCCCAGCAUCGAAGAAAACCAAAAAUGAAGUCGUAUUUAGCAGCAGAGAAAAAGCUGUGGUGCAAAGUGGCCCACCAAGAACAUCCUCGCUUAUGUCUCCGAUCAUGUUGCUGGAGGGACAUGGGGGGGAUAUUUUUUCACUGGAGUUUCAUCCAGAAGGACAAUAUCUUGCAUCCACAGGUUUUGAUCGACAAAUUUUUAUUUGGAAUGUCUAUGGAGAGUGUGAAAAUAUUUCUGUUAUGACUGGCCACAGUGGAGCUAUUAUGGAGCUGCAUUUCAGUCCAGAUGGAAGUACUUUGUAUACUGCAAGCACAGAUAUGACUCUAGGCUUGUGGGAUUUAAUUGCUGGAACAAGGAUAAAAAAGCUAAAGGGGCAUACCUCUUUUGUCAACUCUGUUAACGGAGCUAGGAGAGGUUUAACUCAGCUAUGCUCUGGCAGUGACGACAGCACAAUUCGAAUUUGGGAUCCCAGGAAGAAGGGCCAAUGUUUUUCUCUAAAUAACACUUACCAGGUAACUGCAGUAACAUUUAAUGAUACAGCUGAGCAAGUAAUAAGUGGAGGGAUUGACAAUGACAUAAAAGUGUGGGAUUUACGAAAAAACGCUAUUUUGUACAAAAUGAAAGGUCAUACUGAUUCAGUCACAGGAUUGAGUCUCAGUCCGGAUGGCUCCUAUAUAUUGUCAAAUUCUAUGGAUAACAGUUUGAGGAUAUGGGAUAUUAGACCAUUUGCACCUUACGAAAGAUGUGUAAAAGUUUUGUCUGGUCACCAACAUACUUUUGAGCAAAAUUUGCUAAGAUGCGCUUGGUCUGCUGAUGGUAGCUUAGUCUCAGCAGGUUCAUCAGAUAGAUUCCAUUAUAUAUGGGACACAACAAGCAGACGAAUUUUGUAUAAAUUGCCUGGACACAAUGGAUCUGUUAAUGAUGUUGAUUUUCAUCCAAAGGAACCAAUUGUGUGCUCUGGUUCAAGUGACAAACAAAUCUACAUGGGUGAAAUAGAUGCUCAAUAAAUACUAUUACUUUCUUUUUUAAGAUGUCUGACUGCGAUGUAAAAUAGCUAUAUUAUAUACCAAGCAUCAUUAAAUUUAUUGUAUGUACAUUAAGAGGAAUAAUAAAAAUAAAGUAAAUCGAUA